ACUACAGCCGACAGAACUCCGCCUGCGCAAGCGGCCUUUCUCGGUUCGCGAUGCGACGUAACGCGCCUGCGGACUGGGCCCAGCGUGUCCUCUAUGACUUACCCAGAAGGCAACGCUUCUUUUUCUGGUCAAAAUGGCUGGCAAGCAGGCCGUUUCAGCAUCAGGCAAGUGGCUGGAUGGUAUUCGAAAAUGGUAUUACAAUGCUGCAGGAUUCAAUAAAUUGGGGUUAAUGCGAGAUGAUACAAUAUACGAGGAUGAAGACGUAAAAGAAGCCAUAAGAAGGCUUCCUGAGAACCUUUAUAAUGACAGGAUGUUUCGCAUUAAGAGGGCACUGGACCUGACCAUGAAGCAUCAGAUCUUGCCUAAAGAGCAGUGGACCAAAUAUGAAGAGGUCAUUGGUGUUCCACCUCUGCACUCUGCUUCCUACUUAGAUGAAAAGAUCAGCCCAUUGAGUGGCCCUCCAGAUCCCAAGAAGAGCUUCUGUGAAGCCAACUCUCACCCCUUGAACUGCAUUGAAACUAGGCAAAGGAAAAUUUCUACCUUGAACCGUAUCUGAAAGAGGUUAUUCGGGAAAGAAAAGAAAGAGAAGAAUGGGCAAAGAAGUAAUCAUGUAGUUGAAGUCUGUGGAUGCAGCUGUUGUGAAGAUGGUUAAACUUGAAACAAACAAUUUUAAGAAUUAUUUGGUCUGCAGAUGUUUAACUUUAAAUAAAUGUCUAUUGUAAUGGC